AUUAAAAUCAAUGAUAUAAGAUUCAUUAUUUGCUGAAUCCUUUUGGAAUCCAAUUUCACUCAAUUCAUUUUCAAAUGAUAACGAUUAUGAUGUAUAAUUUUUGAUUUCCUUUAAUAUAGGUGUUUUAACUAUACUCAGGAAACACCUCAGUACUAAUAAGAGUAAUCUCUGGGUAAUUAUUAUCUGGUAGUUAAUAAAUCGAUUUAUUGCAAACAUACAUUACAUUAGAUGAGAAGGGAGUAACACUUUAAAAUCUCUUUGGAUAAAUUACAUACACAGGACCAUAAUUAUAGUAGUUUUAUGAACUCAUUAAUAAAUAUUGUAUGCAUUUAGAUAUUCACAAUCAUUAUGUUAUCGAGAAACAAACUCAGAAGUUAGAUAAUUUUGAAGUAUAAUUUAUGGUAUAUAAUUAGAUUUUUCAAUCCAGAGAUAGAAUGACUGCUAUUUCAAAGUCAAUUAAAAAGUAUUCAAAAAUAUUAGGAAAAUCAUAUUUGAACAAUAUAGUCAACAUUACAAAUUAUGAAUAUUUAUUUGAAGAUGAUGAAUAUUUAUAUUUGAUUAUCCCAUAUUUAAAUGGACAAAAAAUUAACAAUUUAUCUUUAGAACAAUCACUUUUUGGAUUACUUAAGCUAUUAUACAAGUAUCAUAACCAAGGAUUAUGUUUGACUACUUUUUCUGUAAUUGUAUUUGUUUUAUUUUAGGAAUCAAAUAUUAUUUUAUUAGAUGAAAAUUAUAAUAUGGAAAUACUGGAUAAUUCUUUAGUUAAAACAUUUACUUAGGACUAUUAAAAAGAUAUAUUCCAAGAUGUUUCAGCCAUCAAAAAUUAUUUAAUAAAAAAGUAAAAAAAUUAAUAUUCUUAAGAUUUCCCUUCAAAGAAGAUAUCAUCUAAGAAGUUUUAAAUAUCAAUAUAAACUCAGUCCAAGAAUUACUAUUUAAUUCACUUUUUAUUAGUUAUUUUGGUGAGAGUAAUUUUUAUGUGUACUUAAAUGCUUAACCAUAUCAAAAUUUAAACUUUCUCUCUUCUAAUUCAUAAUUAAAUUUGCUUGAAACUUUUAAUACUAUUAGAUCAAGCAUUAUGGACUCAUCUGAUGAAUCAGACGGAAUAGAAUAAAUUAAUCAGUUUAAUUUUUGCUAAUCCUAAUUUCAAGAUUCCCCUAUGUUAUCCCCUAAACUUAAACCAAAACAUUAAUCCAGAUUAUCAAGUAGAUAAGUUGUACUAGAAACUCUUUUAAAUGAACAUAUAAUUACACCUGAAUAAUUCUAACAAUUUUAUAAGGAAGAAGAUUUUCAAAAUGAACAAGAAAUUAAUGAAUUUAGUGAAAUGCUCUCUAAAGAAAUUGAAAAUUCUUAAUUUACAACUCCUAUUUAAAGUGAUGUAAUCUAUUUUUUAUUUAUUUUUAGUCAACUGCUACUUGUCCUAACACAGUAAUUAUUCAUUCUAAAAAAAAUGUUGUUAAUCGUAUUUGCGAUAUUAUACAUGAAGCUUAAUAGGAAUUUAUUUAAGCUAUAAAAAAACCCUAUAAUGCUAGUAAAGUCUAGAACGUAAGAAAGAAUCUAUUCAAAAUGCAUUGA